AUGAGAUACAGCCUGAUCGCCGCGCUACCGGCUUUGGCCGCAGCAUCGCCUACCUUCCAGGUAGAGACGAUUCACAAGAACGCAGCCCCAGUGCUGUCGUCGACCUCGACCAAGGAGGUGCCUAACAGCUACAUGGUCGUCUUCAAGAAACACGUCAAGGAUGCCUCCAAGCACCACGACUGGGUCCAGAGCGUCCACACCAAGAACAACGAGGAGCGUAUGGAGCUGCGAAAGCGCUCCUCGCAGUUCCCCGUCACUACUGAGGUCUUUGAUGGUCUCAAGCACGUUUACGAGAUGGCCGGCAUGAAGGGCUACUCUGGUCACUUUGAUGAUGAGACCAUCGAGGCCAUCCGGAACCACCCCGAUGUCGACUACAUCGAGCGCGACUCAGAGGUCCACACCCUCGGCCACGACGAACCAGAGAUCGAGAAGAACUCCCCCUGGGGUCUUGCCCGUAUCUCACACCGCGACUCCUUGAGCUUCGGCACUUGGAACAAGUACCUUUACGCCGCCGACGGUGGUGAGGGUGUUGACGUUUACGUCAUCGACACUGGCACAAACACCAAGCACGUCGACUUUGAGGGUCGUGCCAAGUGGGGCAAGACCAUCCCCAACGGCGAUGCCGACGAGGAUGGCAACGGCCACGGCACCCACUGCUCCGGCACUGUUGCUGGUAAGAAGUACGGUGUUGCCAAGAAGGCGCACGUCUACGCCGUCAAGGUCCUCCGCUCCAACGGCUCCGGCACCAUGUCCGAUGUCGUCAAGGGUGUCGAGUACGCUGCCAAGUCUCACACUGAGACCGUCAAGGCCGCCAAGGACGGCAAGAAGAAGGGUUUCAAGGGCAGCGCUGCCAACAUGAGCUUGGGAGGUGGCAAGUCCACCACCCUCGAUCUCGCCGUCAACGCCGCUGUUGACGCUGGUAUCCACUUCGCGGUUGCUGCCGGUAACGACAACGCCGACUCCUGCAACUACUCCCCAGCUGCUGCUGAGAACGCUGUCACCGUCGGUGCCUCCACCCUCCUUGACGAGCGUGCGUACUUCUCCAACUACGGAAAGUGCAACGACAUCUUCGCCCCUGGUCUCAACAUCCUGUCCACCUGGAUCGGCUCUGAGCACGCCACCAACACCAUCUCUGGUACCUCCAUGGCCUCUCCCCACAUUGCUGGCCUCCUUGCCUACAUGCUGUCUCUCCAGCCUGCCAAGGACUCUGCCUAUGCUGUCGCCGACAUCACCCCCAAGAAGCUCAAGGCUAACCUCAUCUCCGUCGCUACCGUCGGUGCUCUCUCUGACGUCCCAAGCAACACCAAGAACAUCCUUGCCUGGAACGGUGGUGGCUCUUCCAACUACACUGAGAUUGUUGAGAAGGGUGGCUACACUGUCAAGAAGGCUGCCGAGAAGGAGGAGUCCGAGUUCCGCAUCACCAUCCCCUCUCUCACUGAGAUCGAGGAUGACUUCGAGAAGGCUAAGGAGUCUGCCGGCCGCAACGCCCACCGCGUCGGAGGCAAGCUCCAGCACCUUGAGGCUGAGAUCGAGGACUUCAUCGCUGAGGAGAUGGAGUCCAUGUUUGAGAAGGUUAAGGAGCGCAUCGCUAGCCAGUAA